AUGAAUGAAGACCGAAGCGAGUUGAAGCAACAACAAGACAGCUAUAAUACAAACGUUAACGUGGAGAAUAGGUUGCUUGUGCAAAAAACAACAAAAAAUACAUGGACGAAAGCGAAAAAAUCUCAACAAAUGGUUGAACUCUUUGUACAAGUCACAAUGUGUAUGUACGUCGAUCAAGAAGCGCAAAAGGAAAAUUUCUCGUCGCUUUUCUAUGCCAUUUGCCAACCACAAUGA